GCAACACAGUUAGCUGGAAGUAGCUUAACACCUCCACUGUUACUUGUAUUUCUUGCUCCAUUCUUCACUUAUCACCGGCCAGCGUUAUUAUCGCCAAUCUCGAUGAUUCUAUCCUUCUCCACCACCAACAACGCCAUGCAAACCUUGCAAUCCCCAACUCUCCGACCAUCCCCUCUAAACCCCUUCCGCAAGAAUUCUUACAAUGCAGCAAAACCACCGACUAAGAAGCUAUCUUUUAUUGCUGCUUCAUCUACCAAUAACUCUACCGUUUCUGCUCCCAAGCGCGAGAAAGAUCCCAAGAAAAGGGUUGUAAUUACGGGUAUGGGGUCGGUUUCUGUCUUUGGGAAUGAUGUGGAUGUUUACUACGACAAGUUGCUCGCUGGAGAGAGUGGAAUUGGACUCAUUGAUCGGUUCGAUGCCUCCAAAUUUCCGACUAGGUUCGGUGGACAAAUCCGGGGGUUUACUUCAGAAGGUUAUAUUGAUGGGAAGAAUAAUAGGAGGCUUGAUGAUUGUUUCAGGUAUUGCAUUGUCGCUGGCAAGAAAUCGCUGGAACAUGCGGAUCUUGGAGGGGAUAAAAUAUCCAAGAUAGAUAAGGAGCGUGCUGGUGUGCUUGUUGGAACAGGGAUGGGCGGUGUUACAGUUUUUUCAGAUGGUGUUCAGACUCUAAUUGAAAAAGGAUACAGGAAAAUUAGUCCAUUUCUUCUUCCUUACACUAUUACAAACAUGGGCUCUGCCUUACUUGCUAUGGAAAUUGGUUUCAUGGGUCCAAAUUAUUCAAUUUCAACAGCUUGUGCUACCUCCAAUUAUUGUUUCUAUGCUGCUGCCAAUCACAUUCGCCGUGGUGAGGCUGAUUUGAUGAUUGCUGGUGGGUGUGAAGCUCCCGUCAAUCCCGUUGGUUUGGUAUCUUUUAUAGCAUGUAGGGCCUUAUCUCAGAGGAACGAUGAUCCGCAAACUGCUUCAAGGCCAUGGGACAGUGGUCGAGAUGGCUUUGUUAUUGGUGAAGGUGCAGGAGUUUUGGUGAUGGAAAGCUUGGAACAUGCAAUGAAACGGGGUGCACCUAUUAUUGCUGAAUACUUGGGAGGUGCUAUUAACUGUGAUGCUUAUCACAUGACUGAUCCUAGAGCUGAUGGACUUGGGGUGUCUUCAUGCAUCAAGAGAAGUCUUGAAGAUGCCGGCGUGUCGCCUGCGGAGGUUAACUACAUAAAUGCACAUGCAUCUUCCACCAUUACUGGUGACCUUGCUGAAAUAAAUGCUAUUAAAAAAGUAUUCAAGAAUACUUCUGAAAUCAAAAUCAACGCAACCAAGUCUAUGAUAGGGCACAGUCUUGGUGCUGCUGGAGGUUUGGAAGCAAUUGCCUGUGUGAAGGCCAUAACCACAGGAUGGUUGCAUCCUACCAUUAACCAAUUUGAUCCAGAGCCUUCAGUUGAAUUUGACACUGUUGCCAAUACGAAGCUGCAACACGAAGUGAAUGUUGCCAUUUCAAAUUCCUUUGGAUUUGGUGGACACAACUCCGUGGUGGCCUUUUCUGCAUUUAGGCCCUGAACAUGUGCUUGUCUGCAUAUCUUUUUCUACAUUUCAAGCCUGGCUAUUUUCCUUCUCUGCAUUUGUUGCAGGAACUAGUCGUUGCUUACUAGAGAGUUGCUUGUCAACUAGACAUCGAUGUGGUUGCAUCUUUUUACUUGAGCAACGGAUAGUCACUCUUCCAGUCAUUUGUAGUUGUCUUCCAGUCAUUUGUAGUUGUUAUUGUUAUACCCGAUAAUUUGGGCAUGAAUCAUAGAUCAUUUUUCUCCUAAAAAAGUUACAUUUUCUUUCCCCCCCUCCCCUUUACUUGUAACUUUAGCUUCGAUGUGCUGGGGCCUAGGGGUUUGUUCUUGUUCAGGUUUAAUUAAUGUAGUGGAUACAAGAAAUGAUAUAUAGAAGUUUUUCUAAAA